AGGAGCCAGUCGACGAGACGACCACUUCGGAGCAGUCGGGCGUGACUGUUGCUGAUAGUGAUGGUGAUUACGAUGAUGAACAACCUAUGUACCAGAUGUCCUUGGCAAACUAUAAACCGGCAUGAAUCACUGUUCGAUGGCACGCUGGGCCGGUAUAACGGCCCGCCGGUGCGGCUGAGCGUGCGCGAGGGCGCCGAGCCGAUUUUCUGUCGCGCGCGACCUUUGCCCUACGCAAUGCGUGCGCGCGUCGACGCCGAGCUGGAUGCCAUGCUGCGCGCCGGCGUCAUCGAGCCCGUGGACCGCUCCGACUGGGCGACUCCUCUGGUAAUAGCGAGCAAAGCGGAUGGCGAUAUACGUAUAUGUGCGGACUACAAGGUAACUCUUAACCGAGUUUUACAGGUCGACAGAUAUCCGGUUCCAAAAUUAGAUGAUUUAUUUAGUGGAUUGAGUAAUAAUAAAUAUUUCACUAAACUAGAUUUAUCUCAGGCGUACAACCAGUUGGUUUUAGACGAAGAUUCGCGGGCUUACACGGUUAUUAACACCCAUCGCGGACUUUUCAAAUAUAAUCGCCUUGUUUUUGGUUUAGCGUCGAGUCCGGGUAUUUUCCAGAAGUUUAUGGUCAAUUUAUUAAGGGACAUUCCGGACGUUGUGGUAUUUUUUGAUGAUAUAUUGAUAAAGAGUAGGGACUUGGAUAGUCAUGUCAAGGCUAUUAAACAGGUUUUUACGAUAUUACAAGCUAGUGGGUUAAAAUUGAAAAAGAAAAAGUGUGAUUUCUUAUCAAGGCAGGUAGAAUAUUUAGGGUUCAUUGUUGAUGAAAACGGCGUGAGAGUUAACCCUGAUAAAAUUAAACCAAUAGUGAAUAUGCCGCAUCCCACUAACACCACAGAACUAAAAUCAUUUUUAGGAAUGGUCAACUUUUAUGGCAAAUUCGUAAAGAAUUUGUCAGGGUAUCUUGGCCCCUUAUAUGAGUUGCUCAAAAAGGGUAGGCAUUUUACAUGGGGUAAAAUACAGAACGAUGCUUUUGAGUACGUCAAAAAGUUGCUGUGUAGCACGGAAGUGCUAGCGCACUACGACAUGACACGCACCACGGUGGUGACUUGUGACGCAUCCGCGCGCGGCCUGGGAGCCAUACUGGCUCAGAGGCUGCCCGGGGGGGAGGAGCGCGUCGUGGCGUACGCAUCGCGCGCUCUCACCGAGCAUGAAAAACAUUAUAGUCAGAUUCAUAAAGAGGCACUUUCCAUUAUUUACGCAGUGGAUAAAUUUCAUCAGUACUUAUACGGAAGGAAAUUUAUUUUGCGCACUGACCACAAACCUCUGGUGAGCAUUUUUGGGCCUAACACCGGCGUACCUGUGACGGCAGCGAGUAGGUUACAAAGGUGGGCAAUUAAAUUAUCAGCGUACGAUUUUAUCAUUGAGUAUGUACGUACGGAUAAAAAUACGGCCGAUGUUCUAUCUCGAUUAAUUAAAACUCAUAGGGAGGAAACGGUCGCUGAAGAGGGGGAACUGCCCGAGCAGACAUAUUUGCAUUUUGCAACGGAGUCGUUGCUUUUAGAUUAUAAGGUCUUAAAACGAGAAACUAGCAAGGACCCUAUUUUAAGUCGUGUGUUAGCUUAUUUGUCCGACGGCUGGCCGUCAGACAUAGAAAUUAAUGAACUUAAACCGUAUUUUAAUAGGCGGGAUGAAUUAUAUUGCGAGCUUGGAUGUAUUCUAUGGGGUCGUCGCGUCGUAAUUCCAGCAUCCUGCAGGGAACGGGUUAUACGCGAAUUACACGAGGCGCACAUGGGGAUAGUAAAAACAAAGGCAUUAGCUAGGAGUUAUGUGUGGUGGCCGGGGGUAGACGAGGCUGUCGAAGCGCGGUGUCGUGCGUGCGCGGUGUGCGCCAGCGUGGCCGACGCACCGGCCGGACACGUGCCGUGCGCGUGGCCGUGGCCGGACCGUCCUUGGGCGAGACUUCAUAUCGACUUUAUGUCAAUUACGGGUCUGACUUAUAUGAUCACCGUGGACGCCUGCUCGAAAUGGAUAGAGGCCGCGAAAAUGAAAACCACCACCGCGCAGUCAGUAGUGGCGGUAUUACGUGAUAUGUGGGCACGGUUUGGGCUUCCAAAGCAAUUAGUUAGUGAUAACGGGCCGCCAUUUACUAGUUCUGAAUUCGAAGAAUUUCUAAAGCGAAAUGGUAUCGAGCACAUCUUUUCGUCCCCAUACCAUCCAGCUUCCAACGGAGCCGCCGAAAAUGCCGUAAAAAUUUGUAAACGAGUCAUUAAAAAGGCUCAAAAACAGAAAGUCGACGUCGAUGUAGCAUUGAACAGGUUUUUGUUAACUUAUAGGAAUACCGAACAUUACACGACUGGUGAGAGCCCAGCAAAAAUUUUACAAGGUCGUAACUUGCGUAUGCGGCUCGAUCAAAUGAAACCAGAGCGCGCGGCGCGUGUCGGUGAGCACCAGGCGCAGGCGGAGUCGCGGGCGCGCGGCUUGCGGCGCCAGCUGAGCCCGGGGGACCCGGUGUGGUAUCGCGACUACCGUUCUAACGAUAAAUGGCUCGCCGGACAGGUUUCUGAGAAAUUAGGCAGUACAGACUACACAAUAAAAUCUAAUGUUGGAACCGGAAUACAUAGACAUAUCGACCAGUUAAGACGUAGGGUGUCCGAAGCAACUGCAAAUGUACGUGUAUCGCCUGAACUCGCUAAACGUCGUUCCAGUAGCUCGUUUGUGUUGCCCGAGGAGGUGCCUGAGCCGGAGCUAGAUAGCGGUGAGGGCUCGAUGUCGCCGCGCCCGGGGCCGUCAACCGGCUCGGCGGCGCAAUUGCCAGUAGCUCCGGGGCCGGCCGAGCCGACCCGGGCCGGGGUGCCAAAGAACAGUGUUCAUGCUAAGGGUGCAGCAGGGAAUGUCGAAAUCGCAGAAGCACCAUUACCUAAUGUACCAACUGUCGUGCAAUCGAAAAGAGUUGUGAAACCUCCCGUUAGAUUCGGUUUUGAUGACUACUUUUGACGUACCUAUAAGACUACCUAAGUUAAAUUAGCUUUGUAUAACUUUUUCAUAAAUUAAGAAUUUAAAAAAAAGAAAUAGUUGUUAUUGUAACUUACCUAUACUACUGUGCUACUUAUGUUGCCUUUACUGC